CCCGCCCAAAACAAUCCAAAAUACACAAUGAGUGAUAUAGAGCAGCAAAAAGAGGCUGAAAACGUGUCUCCGCCUCAGUGGCCUGAGAAUGGAGAGGCCUGGAGUGAUGGAGAGGAUGGCACGAGUAUGGACUGUGGGCUUCUGCAGGCCAUGGCUGAGGAUGACGAGGAGAAAAACGUCUACAAUGAGGAGACGUUUGGAAUGGAUCUCGACGCACAAGGGACCCCAGAGGAGCCCAGCAGCGGUCGUCUUGAGUUUGAAGAACCGCCGCCUCCUCCGCCACCAACAUCUCCACCUCCCCGAGAUCCCAAACCAUCACCCUGCCACAGCUCCCCCUCCCCUCCCAGACAGAGUCCACAGUAUCUGCCCCGGGCUCCCCCAGGGCAGCGUGGCAGAUUUAGGGGGCAGAGAGGAGGGCUUGAUAGGGGCCAGAUGUUUGAAGACCCAGCUGUGAUGAGGACAGUAGAGGGGCGACCAAGCCUCAAGACUCUUGACAGUGCCAUAGUGGACCUUGGGAAUGCCAUGUACCAGAAGACCUUAGAAGAUGAAUACAUGUCGCCCUCCUUCAGAAAGACUCGAAGAAUCUCAGGAUCAAUACUUCAGGACAGUGCUGUAGUGUGUGUGAUUGAUGGUCACAGAGGCGGAGGUCAACACCUGACCUCCAACUUCCUGGAUUUGCCAUAUCCUGUCUCUUCCUUCAGGGGUAGGAGAGGGGAACCCAGAGGAUCCUACAUCAGAAGACAGUUUGGCCAAAGAGUCCCCAACCAGAUUCAUGCGUCCAUGAUUCAUCCGUCCAUGCUACCAGGAUCACCCAUCUUUUCACGUCAACCCUUAACCCCACGGCAACAUUACAAUCAGACAGGGGGCUUCAUGUUUCCUACAAACCGGCCUUGCCCCUCCACUCCUCUGACUCCGAAGAUGAUGCACCUUCGCUUUGGUGCCAACUCACCAAGACCGUCCCCCUUUUACAGCCCCUCGUCUAAUCCGACGCAGCAUUUCAGGAACCCCGACCCCGUCACCCAGCUCCACCCCCAACAUAAACGACUUCUUAGUCAAAAACAACACAUAUUCCAAAGAAAAUCGGAGGACUGGGAUCCUUACUGUAAUCUCAUGACGGCUAAAGAGAAGGAAUGGAUCACCAGGCUGCAGAUGAUUCAGCUGCAAAGUGAGAAUCCAUACCACGAGGACUACUACUACCAGGAGUUCUAUCGACGAAUAGAAGCAAAGAUGGCAGAGGAAGAGCUGGGCAUCAGGAGCAAGAGGGAGCCACCCAAGCUUACCACGCCUUACAUCACAAAAACCGACGUCUAUGCACCAGUGGUGCACAUUGAAGGCUCUCUGGGUCAAGUUGCUGUGUCCACGUGUUACUCUCCUCGCCGAGCCAUCAGUGCAGUUCAUUCAGUCCAUACUCAGGGUCCACUUGAGGAACAACAAGACAUCAGACAACAGCGGUUGGAGGUCUUCAGCAAAAUAGAAAAGUUGUUCGUGGUUCUGUUGGAGGUCGAGGAGACGGAGAGGAUGAAAAAUACUGUUUUGACUGAAGCAGAAGAAACAAGAUUGAUUGCAAAAUCACAGGAAAAAGUGGAGCAUAUCUACUCCCAACUGCAACAUCACAAUCCCCUAAAUUCAGGCGUGGAGUUUCUUCCUUUCCUGCUGGUCUCAAAAGGCAAAAAGCUACUCGCCCGUCUGCUCCCGUUUCUGAAACAUGAAACUGCACUGAAAGUCUUGAGCAUUGUGACCUCGAACCUUCCUACGCUGAUGGGCAGAGAUCCAGAAGAGGCCCUUCCAGUGCUCUACCCGCCUUUUCGAAAUGUGAUUGGAGGCCUGACAUUCAGUCAGCUAAUCGUUGUCCUAAAAAAUCUGACAUCUGAGUCUCUAACGACAUUAGAGUCCCUCACUCUGGCAUGUCAGAACAAGUUUGGACUCUCCCUGCUGUACGCUCUCCUGUCCCAAGGAGAGAAGCUGCUGUCCUCAGGCGUCCCAUUAGAGCCCAGCAUCGGCGACUUUGAGACCUGGACGGACACAAUAUUCCAGGUGGCGGGACAGCUGUCCCAGUGUUCUGUGGAGCCGCUCCUCCUGCCCUCAAACCUGCUCACUCUCUUCUGCCGUUACCUGGACAAGCGCACUGUGAAUCAGCUGAAAAGCAACAUGGAGUCUGCAACUGUAUUUGUGGCUCUUCCAUCUUAA